AUGAGUUCCGACAAUAAAUUCUUUUCCAAAUUGAAGCAUACUUUUAAAGGCGACAAGGAGAAGGAGUCUACAAGAACACCUUCGUCGCCCGAAUCGAAACGCCAGGAGAAUGUUUUGAACGAAGCUCACAAGGAAGGCGAAAACCUCGGCGCCGCCUCUACUGCAGCAGGUAGUGGGGCGGGCACCUCAACAGGAACCGGUGCUGGAGUGGGCGCUGGGGCAGCAGGCGCUGGGGCAGCAGGCGCAUCCACCGCAUCCAAAACCGGCAACAAGGAGCACGACAACAUCCUCAAGGAGGCCUGGGAUGAAGGCGAGAAAUUGUUUCACCAUCACGCAAAAACAGGCAAAACUGGCGGUCACUCGGGAAGUGGUGCAGCAGCAGCCGGGGCAGCAGCCGGCGGUGCUGGCGGCUAUGCAGCAGGCAAUGCCCACCCACGUCCUACUGGCUCGUCGGAAUAUGGCACGGGGGCAGACGAUGUCAUUGCCAGCUCUUCCAAGGGCAGAGUUGUUUCUCAACCACCAAUCCGCUCAAGACAGCCACUCGACCACGAAGUUCCAGGCGACUUUUCCAAUUCGAAAAACCCAACCGAUCCAACCGUCUUGGCUCAACAGGAAGGUGCUCGCGGUUCCAAGCAAUCCGGCACUAGACCAGAUGAAACAUUCCACGACAAUAGUGUUCUCGGGAACACCAACCCUAGCUACAGUGACGACGCCAGGCCAGCCCAGGGCCAUGGCAAAUUCUUUGAUCCAAGGGACACCCAGGGUGGUGUACUCGGGGCCGCUACCAGCUCGCCCGCAGCGGCUUCGGCUUACAACCGCGGCGACUACCAAGCAGACCAUCAAGAAGCAACCAAGGCCAAAUACGUUGAUACCGACCACUUGAAAACCAAGCCAACUGCUUACGAGCAAAGAGACAGAGAAAAUGCCUUUGCUGAAAAAGUUGAGGAUGAGGCCUACCAAGAAGGCAACAAGCAAGGUAGAAAGGACACCAAGGAGGAUCCUUCUUUAUUAGGAGCUAGACAAGUCGGUGGGGCAGGUACCACUGCUGACAAGGAAGAAGUUGAUCCUCAAGCUGUUCACCAGCAAAACAAGUCUGCUUACAAUGCCGAUGGUGUUUCCGGAAUCUUGAACAAGGAAAAAGGUCACACUGGUCAUUCAGCUGGUGGAGACCACGACCCAGCACAGGCACAGGCACAGGCACAGCAACCAAACGUUAUUCACACCGGUAACACCGCCAUUGGUGGUCCCGGUGUUGCUUCCGCCAAGCAAGACAAUUAUGACCCAGUUGCCACUGACCGGAAAAUUUCCGACCUCGACAAGGAAAUCAGCGAAACUGAUAGAAAGAUUAAAGAGUUGAGACUGGAGCCAAGCAACGCCUCGACUUAUGCCGUUCGGGACGAAGCCAUCAAGACCCCCAACGUUAGUGGUGUUGCCGAUGAUGACUACGACCAACACGAGUUCACCAACGCAAAGACCGACAAGAACACCAACGACAAUGCUUCUCAAGGCGCGGGUGUCUUGGCUGGUGCUGGCGGUGCCUUGGCAGCAGCAGCUGGAUACUUGGGAUUGAAUAAAUCUAGCGAGCAUUCGGACUCGCACAACAUUGAAAGUAUCAAGAAGGAUGCCUACGACGCCGGCUUUCAGCAAGGUAGAGAUCUCUACGAGGGUCUUGGCCAUGGCCAAGGUUCUCACGUGUCAGCAGCACAAGCCCAAGAUGCCAAAAAGGGUGCUUAUGAGAAAGGUGUCCAGUCAGGCGCUUACGAUCAAGGCGAAAAGAAGGCCGAGAAGGAAAAUCAAGGACCAGGCAUUGUUGAAGAAGCCAAGCAUGCUGUUGAAGGAGCAGCUGCAGCAGCUGCAGGCUACUUGGGAUUUGGCGCCGCAUCCGGUAACGAAAAGGAAGGACUGGGUGCUGCUGGAUCAACUACAGUCAAAGACAAGGCCAUUCUUGACGAAUCCUAUAAAGCUGGUCAAGACAAGUUUAAGAAGGAACAAGCUGAAACUUUGCACUCAAGGAGCACAGGACAAGAUGGCACUCCCCAAGAGGGGAUCCUUGGCAGGGCUGAGCAUGCAAUUGAAGGUACUGCCGCUGCCGCUGCAAGCUACUUGGGACUUUCGGGCGCUACUCAAGGUGGACAAGCGUCUCAAGCUCCUUCUACUCAGCAAAAGGAAGUUUUGAAUAAAUCUCACGAUGAAGGCAAGAAGAAGGAAGUUUUGGAUGAAUCUUAUGAUAAAGGUAAGCAGCAGUUUAAAAACGAUCAAGCUCACACAGGAGCUACUCCAAUAAGCAAGGACCAGACUACUGCCGGAGGAGAUGGAAACGUUUUGGAUAAAGCCGAAAAGGCAGUCGAGGGCGCUGCAUUUGGUGCAGCUGGAUAUGCUGGUUACGUUGCCCACGCUGUUCAAAGUAAGGCGGCCGAUUUUACUUCUGGACAAGGUUCUUCUGCAGGUGCAAGCACUGGCACUGGUGCAGGUACAUCUGCAGUUACUGGCGCAAGUGCAGGUACCGGUGCAAGUACCGGUGCUGCUUCAAGCUCUAAAUAUGCCAAGGAAAGUGAUGUCAGGGACUCAUUGAUCGAAGAUGCUGAAAAAGUCGAUCCAGAGAUUGAGAAGCUUCCACCACACAAGGUCAACAAAAAGGAGCUUGCAGAGGAAGAGAGUUUCGGCCCAGACGCAACUGCUGAAGAAGAACACACUGUUUACAGCAACAAAGUGACCGAGGGUGAAAAGAACGCCUCCAAGUGGAACAAGGAACACGGUUUUGUCGAACCAACAAGCAACCACCCUACUGAGAAGGAACUCGACGUUAGAGACUCGCUUAUCGAGGAUGCCGAAAAAGCAGAUCCAUCGAUUGCGAAAGUCCCUGCUCACAAGCAAGACAAGAAGAAGUUGAAGGAAGAAGAAACACUUGCUCCUGACGCCACUGAAGAGGAGAAAAGUACCAUUGCCAAAAGCCAAUUCAAGGAAAUUGAAGAUGACGUUGCCGCCUACAACAAAAAGCACGGUUUCACUAGUGGUAGCAAAAAAUCAUUGAUUGACGUUGCUGAAGAAUCUGAUCCAAGUAUUGAAAAAUUGUCACCCCACCACGGUAAAUCAAUCGAUCAGGAAGGUACAACUAAAUCAACUGAUCACGGUAGUGACGUGCAAGCCUUGCCAGCUGGUGCUCCACAAGUCACCACCCAAGAAAUUAAAGAAAGCUUAGGUGUUGCCCACGGUGGUGAUGCCUCUUCUGCGAGGCAUCGCACGCCCCACAAAGGAAGCUUAAGCUCAGGAAAGGAUGACAAAAGUAGUAAAAAGUCUGUUGGUAGCGGCUCGGGAACAGCUGCCGGUGCUACUAGUACUCCUUCUUCAUCUUCAUCAUCUUCUUCGCCAACUAAGAAGCAAACGCAGGGAACUGGUUAUGGUGCAACCCCAGCACACAACAGUAAGGACGUUUCCGGUGCUGCAUUCAACUCUACUCAACCACUCGGAUCGGAAAAGAAGGAGGAUAAUGUAAAGAAGGCGUUGGAUCCAAGAUUGAAACAGGAAGUAUAUGAACUGGGCUAUGAAAGCGCACUCGGAGAUCUCAAGAGCAAGAACCAUGGACGUGAUGCUACCGCUGGCACUGCUGGCGCCGCUGGUGCUGGUGGAUUUGUAGCUUCUUUGGACCAUAAGUUGAAAAAAGAGUUGUAUGAUCACGGAUUCAGAAAAGGAACGACUGAUCACACUGCAGGUGUUGGGUCUGGCAAGACUGACGCUUCGAAGUCAGACUUGCAUCCAUCGUUGAAGCAGGAACUUUUCGAGCUCGGCCAUGCUAAAGGUAGGAGAGACCUCCAAGGUCAACAGAAAGAUGUUGUUGCUGGCGACUCCCGCCACCACGACUCAAAGUUUAAGGCUGAAUUUGAAAAAUUAAAGCGUGAUUUGUUUGAACACGGUUACGCCAAGGGAAGCACCGAAAAUAAAAAGGCAAGAGACAACCGGGCUCAUGGCACGCCAUAUGGCUCUUCUAAUAAGGAAGCUGCUGCUAUUGGAGCUGGAGCUGGAGCUUAUGGUGCUUCCAGACACGCCAAUGAAUAUGGUCAACCAGCUGAACGCGCCAACCUUGACCGCAACUCUGAGUUGGUUGGUGAACUGACUGCUCACAAGAGAGGACAGGAUAAUGAAGAUAAUCUUGUUGUUGAAGUCAUUGGUAUCGAAGACAAGGACGAGGCUUUGAAAACGGCUAGAAACGCCUCCAAGAAAUUGGACGAGAGAGGUGUUGAUUUGACCACUGGAAAAUUGGUUAUUGAUGCCAACAAUAAGGAAAUCUACAAAGAGGAAUACGUCAGUGCUAGAGAAGUUCCAGGUCAAGGCUACGGCCACGGCCACGAUCUAGUUGGUGUUGCCGAAAUUUUGGGUCAAGCCAGAGCUGCAGGCUACGUUCACGGCCACACUAGUCAUCGGGACACAACUUAUAAAGGUGCUGGCGUCGGUCAAAAGACUGGCAUUGUGCCUGAUACUUUGGGUCAAUCCAGAGCCGCUGGUUACACCCACGGUAGUCAAUACGAGCCAGAUACUAGAUAUGAAGGAUCCGGUGCAGGUCAAACGACUAAGCUCGUGCCUGAUACUUUGGGUCAAUCCAGAGCCGCCGGCUACACACACGGUAGUCAAUACGAGCCAGAUACUAGAUAUGAAGGCACCGGAGCUGGACAAAGGACAGAACUUGUUCCUGGACAAGGUAAGGAAGCCGAUGAGUCCGAAUUGGCCAGAAAGAGAUUACAUGAUGCUGCUCGUAGAAACGCUGGAAUCAGUUCCGGUACAGCUGGUGCUGGUGCUGGUGUUGGCGCUGCUACGGGAGCGGCAGCUGGUGGCUUGUCUGGACAUGGUGCAAGCAAACCUGCUACUGUCCCUUCAAGCAAAUCCACCAAAGGUGACGAUGACGAAAUCUUUGUCAAUGUCAAAGGUAUCAAAGACAAUGCGGUAGCCACCAAGCUUGCCAGAGCUGCAGUUGCAAGAUUGCAAAAAACCCACGGCUCUGUGAUUGCCAAGGUGAAAGAGUUGCAAGUCGACGCUAGCUCGGGAGCAGUCAGAGAUGAAAACGGUCGUGAAAUUGCUCGUUAUGAGGAUUUGACUGUUGAAGGUGCUUCCAGUAGAUCUUCAAGUCGUGGAUCAACUCCAAAGAAGACAUCGGCUGCCUCAUCAACUGCUGUCCCAUCUGCUAUUCCUCACUCGCCAAUCCAAGCUCGUGGCGGCACCUCUGGUGCCUCUACCGGAGCCGCUACCGGAGCUGCCACUGGAGCAGGCGUUGGAGGUUUAGCUGCUGCUGCUGCUAGAGAUGCAUCCUCUAAGCACCACGGUGCUGGAUUGACUGAGCCAACUCACCAUACUCAAGCAAAUACAAAAUACGAUUACCAGAACCAAGCUAAAGUGCAAUCACCUUACCCAUCUGGUAACCCAGCUGUCAAUCAAAAUUACAGUUCGAAAGAUACUUAUGGUUCUGGCUAUGAAAAGGGCCGUCCUGUUGACAAGGCCACUGGCUAUGGUGUGGGAUCUGGUUCGGGAUCUGGUUAUGAUUCAUCAAAAAUCCACUCCAGUGGCCACUCCAAAGAUGUUAACCCAGCUUUGAGUCACAGAACUGGUUACGACGAAAGCAAGAUCCACUCUUCAGGUCACUCCAAGCUCAGUAACGAAGGAUAUGGCUCUUCAUUAGGUUACUCAAGUACUGCUCCACAACACACAAACGUUACUGACGAAAAGUAUUUGCACAACACUCAUGGACAAACUGGUGCUUCUGGUGGAUAUUCAUCACCAUCACAAGUUGAUAGAGCCAGCCAAGGACUUCCAGAAAGCACCACUGAUGAUACCAAUGGAUUACCCACGUAUUCAAACUAUGACGCACCAGGAAGUACAAGCCAUUCCUCCUCUGGAGCUGCUGCUCGCAAGGGAGAAUCUACUUCCCUGGACGGCCUUUCCGGCUUAGCGUCAAGUAUCGUUGGUGCAUCAGGUCUCGGUGGAGCUUUGGCAUCGUUGGGUGUCACCGAUGGCAACAAAAGUGCCCACAACGAUACUACUACUGGAGCUAAGACCGGAGCUGGUUCCGAUCAACACUUGUCUGGAUCAAACGCGUACCCAAAAUCUGCCGUGCAUGAAUACUCAUCCAACAUCAACGAUACUUCAGGACACCACGGCCAGGCAGGUAGAUCAUCUCAUGGAAGUUCGACUGAACCAAGUGUAAACUACGGCUCACGUCAAGGCUCACGUCAAACACCACAAAUCAACCCGGUCUCAAGUCCAAACUAUGUUCCUGAGUCCACUUUGAAAUCCGCAACCUCUGCUGCCCGUGGUGGAUAUCCUAGUGGAGCUUCAGGCAUUGCUGGUUCUAGUUCUGGCUCUGGUUCUGGCUCGGGAAAUGUGCCUAGAGACUUUGACGCCACAACCACUGCAUCUGAAUAUAUUAAAGAUGGAGGAUUAGACGAUAAAAAGACUGCUACUUCAACUAGCGACUUUGCAAAACCCGCCACUACCGCAACGGGUAGUGGUGCAACUGGCGAUUUAAAGAGUGAAGGAUUGUCUUCAACAACUGCUGCCCCUGUUGGACAACCUGCCACUACUAAUACUGCACCUCAAACUAUCCACAUGCCAGGUGGAUGGAUUUAA